AUGCGCGUCUCCUCUACCAUUCUCGCCACAGCAGGCCUUUUGACUUCGGCCAACGCUGCCAUCAAGGGUUUCAACUACGGUGCCCAGUUCAACAACGACCAGGCCAAGACACUCGUUGACUUUGAAUAUGAAUUCAACGCCGCCAAGCAGCUUCCUGGCACCGAUGGAUGGACCAGCGCCCGUCUGUACACCAUGAUUCAGCACGGCACCCAGAGCAACAUCAUCGAGGCUAUCCAGGCUGCUAUCAACACCAAGACCAACCUCCUACUCGGCAUGUGGUGCUCAGCCGGUCAAGCCAACUUCAACAACGAGAUUGCUGCUCUCAAGGCCGCCAUCGCUCAGUAUGGCACUGCCUUUACUGAUCUCGUCGAGGGUAUCUCCGUUGGUAGCGAGGACCUCUACCGUAUCACCCCGACCGGUAUCGAGAACAAGUCUGGCCCCGGUGCUCAGCCCCAGGAGCUCGUCAACUAUAUCAAGCAAACGCGUGAUGCUAUUCGCGGUACUCCUCUCGAGGGCAAGCCCAUUGGCCACGUCGACACCUGGACUGUCUACACCAACGCUACCAACAACCCCGUCAUUGAGGCCCUUGACUUCAUUGGCAUGGACGCCUACCCCUACUUCCAGACUACCAUGAACAACAACGUCGGAUCCGGCAGCCAGCUCUUCUUCGAUGCUCUCCACCAGACCCAGGCCGCUGCCAAGGGCAAGCCCGUCUGGGUUACCGAGACAGGGUGGCCCGUUAGCGGCGAGACACUCAACCAGGGCGUUCCCAGUGCGGAUAAUGCCCGCAUCUACUGGGAGGACGUUACCUGCCAGUUGAUCAAGGACAACGUCAACCUCUACUACUACAUCCUCCAGGAUGUCCAGUACGGCAACCCCGUCCCCUCGUUCGGCAUCAAGCCUGCGGGUGACCUCAUGCAGGUGUCGCCUUUGUUCGACCUUUCAUGCCCUGCUUCCAAUGGCGGUGGCAGCACCACCCCGGCUCCUACCAAGCAGGUUUCCACUGAUGGUACUUGCGGAACCCAGGGAGGUGCUACUUGCGCUGGCUCGGCAUUCGGUAACUGCUGCUCGCAAUACGGAUGGUGCGGAUCAUCCACUGACCACUGCGGCACUGGUUGCAGCUCUGCCUUCGCGCAACUAAAUGCCCCGACAUCCCAGCCCACAAUCGUCACCGUCCCAGUAAUCAGCUUCGAUCGACCGACCCCAACAGGUCAGAGUUCAGUCUGGAUACUAUCGCCCGUCUCACCUACUCCAAUACAUCUUGAAAGUCUUGAGAGUCUACCGCAAUCUACCUUCACUCCGCUUCAGGAACCCUUCGAGUAUCCGCAUCAACUCAUCCCUGUCGACAAGGCAGACCCGACCAAGGUUAUCGGAAACGGAUACACCGUCCAAAUAUCCCUUACCAUCUCAACAGUCUUCGUCUACAAUAUCCGCCCUCAGUUUGCAGGCAAAACUUGCACGCUAGCUUUGCACAUGCUGCCGCCCUUCCCCAUGCCAGAAAUGGCGCCUGUACAUAUUCGCUCCCCGGGCGGUAUCAGCGUAUCGCGCGUCACCAACCAGGUACCUGACACUGUGUUUGGGCAAAGCAUCGGCAACUCUAGUCUUGUGGGUGUUGUACCGCUCAUCGAACUGGACAGACAGUACAAUGUUGCUAGCUUUCCUUGUGAGGCUGGUCAAAAGGUGGCUUAUCAGGUGAAUUCGUCUGGUGGAUUAGAGGCGGAUUGGUUCCAAAUGACUUAUCCGGCGCUCGGGUUGUUCAUGAUGGUUAAGUAG